CCCAACCCAAGACUAACAUUUAGGAUCUUUUUUCAUCAUGGAUACUGCUAAGGAUGGUAACUUAGGUGCUCCACCGGCGUACGACGCAAAUGGCCAAUCUUCCAACCAAACUGGAGAAACACAGGCACCACAUGUAUCACAGCCUCAGGCAGCCUAUCCAGCACAACCUCAGGCAGCCUAUCCUGCGCAACCGCAGGCAGCCUAUCCAGCACAACCUCAGGCUGCCUAUCCAGCACAACCUCAGGCAGCCUAUCCUAAACAACCCGAAGGAGCCUAUCCUACACAACCUGAAGGAGCUUAUCCUGUACAACCUAACCACCCUCCUCCAUACACACUCAAUGAAACACAGAAUAUGACCACCACCACAAUUGUUGGUCAACCUACAACAAUUUUGGCACCAUUAACAUUUGGUCCAGUACCAUUGGCUAUGGUCUGUCCACAUUGCAAUGCACAGAUCGUGACAACUGUAAGUCGUGAUACAGGAUUACUUCCUUGGUUGGUCUGUUGUGGACUUUGUGUAGCUGGCUGUUGGUAUGGUUGCUGUUUGAUACCAUUUUGCAUAGAGGACUUGCAAGAUUGCAAACACACAUGUCCAAACUGUCAGAAAUGCCUUGGAGUAUAUAAACGUUUAUAGGAAUCAAUUUCUUACUUAAAUAUUAGUCAAAACACUUGGUAGUAAGCACGUCAAUUGUAUUAAAUGUAAAGUUUGUAAUAUCACAUAAUUCAACUCAAAGCCAUUAUUAAUAAUGAAAAUUGUUGUAAAAGGGUA